AUGCGACUUUUCUACUACCGAUUCGUCCUGGAUAUAUGUUUUGGGUCCUGUCUAUUCCCUUCUCUUCUCUACCUUUUUCUCUACGUCAACUUCCCGGAAACAUUUGAGCCCUACCGUAAUCUUAUCGUAACGUUAUCCCUUCCCUGGUCUAAUUUGGCAGCCGCGCGGUCUAUAGUUGCUUUGUCUAUAACCACUGAUCGAGUUCUAGCUGCUUACUUUCCAAUCGCCUACCGUACUGGAAAAUUUGUAAUGUCCAUGUGGAUUAUUUUGACGGUUUCUGUUGGAUUUGGGUUAUCGGAAGAAUUGGUGCUCUUCGAAUUCUGCGGUUAUGAAUUAAAUGUUCCAGUUGGGUGUCGAGUGUUGGGAUGUGCAGUGAAUCGGUGCUUCUACAGAUUUUGGACACUUCAUAAAACUACAAUUUUCCUCACACUCGCAAUUUUAUCAAUCCUACUUUCAAUCCGAUUACUGUUAUGGUUCAACGAUAAGAAUGCCACAAAGAAUAGCCAAAUUACCAAGGCCAACCGUUUGGCACUUUUGGAUACUGUAGUUGUGUUGAUUUUUGAUUUUUCGCCCUCGUUAUUGGGAAGUUUGUCUAUGACUGCCUCCUUCUUUUCGUUCGAGGUCGUUGGUCCGUAUAUUGGAGUGUGCAAAGCUACGGGAUGUGCAAUCGAAGCAAUUAUAGUGUCAACGUUUUUGAUCAGUCGAAAACCAAAACAAUUGAAGAAAAUUAUAGUCGGGAAGGCUUCCAUGUCGACUAAAAACACAUUUUCAGUACAUACGAAAUAA